GGGACACUGCGCUGCGCCCGCCGCCCUCCAGCCUGCACCCAGUAGCCCGCAGCCCGCAGCCCGCAGCCCGCAGCCCGCCCGCCAGACCGCCCGCGCCAUGGGUAGACAGAAGGAGCUGGUGACCCGCUGCGGGGAGAUGCUCCACAUCCGUUACCGACUGCUGCGCCAGGCGCUGGCUGAGUGCCUGGGGACCCUCAUCCUCGUGAUGUUUGGCUGUGGCUCUGUGGCCCAGGUCGUGCUCAGCCGGGGCACCCACGGGGGCUUCCUCACCAUCAACUUGGCCUUUGGCUUUGCUGUUACUCUGGGCAUCUUGGUCGCAGGCCAGGUCUCAGGGGCCCACCUGAACCCAGCUGUGACCUUUGCCAUGUGCUUCCUGGCACGGGAGCCCUGGAUCAAGCUGCCUAUCUACACCUUGGCUCAGACACUGGGAGCUUUCCUGGGUGCUGGGAUCGUCUUUGGACUGUAUUAUGAUGCAAUCUGGGACUUUGCCAACAAUGAGCUGAUUGUCUCGGGCCCCAAUGGCACGGCUGGCAUCUUUGCCACCUACCCCUCUGGACACUUGGAUAUGGUCAAUGGCUUCUUCGACCAGUUCAUUGGCACAGCUUCACUCAUCGUGUGUGUGCUGGCCAUUGUGGACCCCUACAACAACCCUGUCCCACACGGCCUGGAGGCCUUCACCGUGGGCCUGGUGGUUCUGGUCAUCGGCACCUCCAUGGGCUUCAACUCUGGCUACGCUGUCAACCCCGCCAGGGACUUUGGGCCCCGCCUUUUCACUGCCAUCGCUGGCUGGGGCUCUGAAGUCUUCACGACCGGCCGACACUGGUGGUGGGUACCCAUCGUCUCUCCACUCCUGGGCUCCAUUGCGGGUGUCUUCGUGUACCAGCUCAUGAUUGGCUGCCAUCUGGAGCCCCCACCGCCCUCCACCGAGGAGGAGAAUGUGAAGCUGGCCCACGUGAAGCACAAGGAAUAGAUCUGCGUGGGCAGGGGCCAUCCCUCCCCAUGCCACCCUCCCACUGGAACUUCCAUUGACUUUGCAGGGGCUGCUUUUUAGAGUCUCCCUUUAUGACCCCUUGGCAGGCUAAGAAGCUACUUGUCUACCCCCACCCCAUUGGAUCUGCUCCCCCGACCCCCUCUGCAGGAUUUGUCAGAUUUGUCACUGGGUCCUGCCUAAAUAGGACCUUAGGCUACUGUCCUGAGCUGUGGUGAGACAGAGGAUAAGAUCUUUAUUCCCUGUGUCCCAAAGGAAGAAAAUGAGCAGCAGGUGUAUGAGUGUGCGUGUGCGUGUGCGUGUGUGUGUGUGGUUUUCCAGAUAUUCAGGACAAAGCACUGAGUGGGAAUGUUUCCAGAUUUGGGCAGUGCCCAGAGGAAGGAGGGGGAGGUAGUUCAUCCAUCUGUGGAUGAGAAGCCGCUAGGGGGGUGAAUGUCUCAGGGGCUCCAUGUGGAAAAGGGUCAUAAAUGUUUCUGAGUGAGUGUGUGUGUGUGUGCGUGUGUGUGUGUGUGUGUAUGCUUUUUUUUUUCUUCCCCUCUCUCUCUAAGUAGGGGCUUCUAUAGGUUUUUUGGGAAGUAAAGUGGGAGGUGUAAGGAGGACUGGGAGAGAGGCGACAACCCAGGUCUGGAUCUCUGGCUGUACUCAAAUAGGAGUCGAGUAAUGUGUUUCUGUUCAUGAUGUAAACAAGAGGGAGUGUAGGCCAGGCUGUAAGUUUCAUGUUCACUUUUUUUAAAAAAAAAAAAAAUAUAUAUAUAUAGCAGAUGUCAUUCAUAGUCCUAGGGAUGGAGACUGGUGACUCUACUUUAAAUAGGGUCUUCACUCCUCACUCCUUUAAUAUUUUAUUCAUUAUGUACUCUUUUGACUUUUAUAUAAAAAAACCAAUAAAUGCAUAAUUAAAACUGCCAA